GCCAUCUUCAUUGUAUACCCCCGGGGCAAUCUGAUCCUGGCCGCGCACUGCAGCAUUUCUCGUGCCAGUGUGAAAGCCAAGCCGUCUUGUGACAAGGGGUGGCGCUCUGGGAUGAACGGGACGACAUGCAUGGGUGUUGUUGGAUUUCAGCCUGUUCUGUUCCGCUCUGUCCUGUCUGUCGUGGCCCUCCCAUGUCAGAGGCUUGUGAGUUCGCCAGACAGCUCCGAUCGUCCGAGGAGAGACCUCGGCCGCCUGCAGCAUCCCGCCAUCGGCGCUUCCAGUCUUUCCCCCGACCUUUCGGGCUCGCAAUCAACCGUCGCUCCCUGCCUCCUGGCCAGCCAUCCGUCCGCGCCUGCCGCCUUUUGCUGCCUCUCAAGCACCCCAGAGACAGAGCACCAUGCCAGCCCGCUGCAAGAUCACACUGCUCUUUGAUGUUGUCUCGCCCUACACCCUGUUUGCCUUCCAGGUUCUGCGCCGAUACCAGCGCAUCUGGACUCAGUGCGAGUUUAUCUAUGAACCGUGCUUUCUCGGCGGCAUCAUGAAGCAGUCCGGGAAUGUCCCGCCGGCCACCAAUCCGUACAAGGGCGGCUACCUCUUCAAGGACAUUGCUCGGGUCAGCCAAGCUUUCGACAUUGGCUUCCCGCUCGGUAUUCCGGACGAGUUCCCGUCGAACAGCCUCAAUAUCAUGCGUCUCUUGCGGGUCGUCAAGGAGUUGGAAAACGAGGCAGUGUUGCUCGAUCUGAGCUUUGACUACUGGAAAGCAUACUGGGGAGACAACCAGCCACUCUCCUCGCCCGAGACACUGGCAAGGGUGCUUCGUGCCAGAGUCGGCGCCUCCAAAGCCGAGGAGUACAUCCAGCUCUCCAAGACAGCCAAGUUCAAGGACCAGCUGGUGGCCGUCACCAAGGCCGCCACCGAGCAAUACGGCGCCUUCGGCAUGCCCUGGAUCAUCGUCGAGCAGGAGGGCCGCGAACCCGAGUCCUUCUUUGGAAGCGAUCGCUUCGAGACCAUGGCGAUCCGUCUGGGGCUUCCAUGGCACGGCCCUUUGGGUCAGGGACCAAAUACUGCGAAUGCAUCUGGGUCCGCCUUCUCGACCAAGUUGUAGAGCAAAGCCCCAAGGCGCUCUUGAGAAAGCGCUGGCCCACCUUGUCGCUCUGAAAUAUAGGAUGCCCGUGUGUCUGUUUUCCGUUCA